UUUUUUAUGGGAAUGGGGAACGUGUGUUUCCUUGUGCUGCGUUAUUAUUAUGCGAUUUUGAUUGUAGUUUGGCAUGGGAGCAUAAGCUUGGUUGGAGGUGGAAUCGCUCUUGGUACGAAGAUGAGUGUGGGAGAUAACCGUGUUUGGAUAUCGGAUAAUGGUACAUUCGCUUUUGGUUUCCAUCCCACUAGCUCAUCACCCCAACAGUUUGAGCUCGCCAUAUGGUUUGCAAGGCUUCCUGGUGAACGCACACUUGUAUGGACCGCUAACAGAAAAAUUCCAGUGAGUAGAGAUGCAGUCGUAGAGUUGGACAACAGCGGCAACCUGCAACUGAUGGACGGUGACACUGUCGUGUGGAUGUCAGGAACUAAGGAUGUCAGUGUGGAGUCAGGGGAAAUGUCAGAAUCGGGAAACUUGGUCCUGCGCACUCUUAACUUCUCGGUUGUAUGGCAAAGCUUCUCAGCCCCCACCGACACCCUCUUACCAGGCCAGCAGCUCACUGAGUCCCUCUACCUCACCACACUCCCCACAUCAUCCCAAACCUACUAUUCCCUUGAAAUGUUGCAAGAACCCACCUCCCUCAACCUUGCUCUCACUUACUAUGCCCCUCAAAUGCCUACUAAUUACUCUUAUUGGUCAGGCCCACAAAUCUCAAAUGCCACUGGUUCUGUCGUCGCUCAGCUUGAUUAUUCUGGUAGUUUCAGCCUCAGUUAUGGCCGCCUCUCCAGUGGCCUUGUCUACAUCUACCAGAAUGAGAAUGAUGAAGAAAGAAACAACAGUUCGAGAGUUUUCCGGAGAGUCACAUUGGGGAACGAUGGGAACCUCCGCCUCUACAGAUGGGACACAACGAAUGGAUCCCAGUGGGUGGUGGACUGGGCCGCAGUUUCGAGCCCCUGCGAAGUGGCAGGCUCUUGUGGCAACGGCAUAUGCAGCCUCGAUGGCCCCAAGAGCAAUGCCAGUUGUGGCUGCACCCCUGGAUAUGCUGCAGUUGACCCUAGGGAGCCACACCGUGGUUGCAUCGUCAUCCAUCAGGUGAGUUGCGGGCAGCUUAUGAAGAUGCAUGCAUUGCCACAAACAAACUACUUCGCUGGGGACUCAAUCAUCGCCAACUACAGCAAUGUUUCAGGUGGGACAGCAUGUGGGGAGGUAUGCAUGUCGGACUGUAAUUGCAUGGCAUCAGUUUAUGGUCUCUCAGAGGCAAAGCCAUAUUGUUGGACACUGAGAAACCUCUUUUUUGGGGGGUUUCAAGACCCAGGUGCAACUAUGUUUGUGAAGAUUGGAUCAGAGGGAGGGUCAACAACCUCUGGGUCAGGUGGGUCAUCUGAAGGUGGUGGUGGUGGCGGAUCGUCUACUAGGAUUGCAAGGGAAAGGGUGUUAGUACUCCCGAUUGCAUUGUGUACAGGAGUGUUGAUUGGGUUACUGUGCUUGUUGCUGCUUCAUAGUGUCCGGAGGAGGAGGUUAUUGAGGGCGGCAAUAGAUUGCAGUGCGAUUUUGAUGCCUGGGGCUCCUGUGAAUUUCUCCUUCCAUGAUCUCCAAAUUGCCACCUCCAAUUACUCGGAGAUGCUCGGGAUUGGUGGGUUUGGAGCAGUUUACAAGGGAAGCCUAGGGGAUGGCAGCUUGGUGGCAGUGAAGAAGCUUGAGAGGCAUCUGCCACACGGGGAGAAGGAAUUCAGGACAGAAGUCAUCACAAUCGGUGCCAUGCAUCAUAUGAACUUGGUUCGCCUACGAGGCUUUUGCUCAGAAGGACUCCACAGGCUUCUCGUAUACGAAUUCAUGAAGAAUGGAUCCUUGGAUAAAUGGUUGUUUCCAUCCUCUCAAAACAGAGACCGAUUGCUAGAUUGGAAGACCAGAUUCAAAAUUGCUGUAGAAACUGCACAAGGUAUUGCUUACUUUCAUGAGCAAUGUCGAGAUCGAAUCAUUCACUGCGACAUAAAGCCUGAAAACAUACUCUUGGAUGAGAACUUUUGUGCCAAGGUCUCUGAUUUUGGCCUAGCUAAAUUAAUGGGGAGAGAGCACUCCCAUGUUGUGACCAUGGUGAGAGGUACCAGGGGCUACCUAGCACCAGAAUGGGUGACAAAUAGGGCAAUCACCGUGAAGGCAGAUGUCUACAGCUAUGGGAUGUUGCUUCUUGAAAUCAUUGGUGGUCGGAGAAACCUUGACAUGUCUCUUGGUGAAAAUGGUUUCUUCUAUCCAGGUUGGGCCUUCCAGGAAAUGGUUAACAGAUCAGGUGUGAAGGCUGUUGAUAAGAGGCUCAAGGGGGUGGUGGAUGAGGGUGAGGUGGUAAGGGCCUUGCAUGUAGCAUUUUGGUGCAUACAAGACGAUGUGAACAUGCGGCCUCCCAUGGGGAUUGUGGUGAAGAUAUUGGAAGGCUCGAUGGAGUCUGAAGAGCCUCCAAUGCCUCAGUGUGUGGGAGAGAUGGUGGAAGAAGGGCUGAACAAUGUGUAUAGAGCCAUGAAGGGAGAUUUUACUCCAGACUGCAGUUUUACAAACACCACCACAGCCACCAGUCUCUUAGACCAAUCUGGAGCUACUUGUAGUUAUUCAACUAUGUCACCUAGGUAAAUGAAUCAUAAAUUGUUUAAUUAUGAACUAAAACAAUUAAUUGCAUUCUCUUUUCUCUCCUCUCCGUCACAAGUUAGUUCGUUCUGCUAGAAUGGGGAUUAUUGUAGUGGACAAUGGAUAGUCAUUCAUUCAUUUAUUUCCAAGACUCAUCUUCUAGCU